AUGAACAACAAUUCUACCCAACAAAGCAAUGGCCAUGGCCACCAAAUUUCCAAGCCCAAAAAAAAAGGCAAAACCAAGAAGCAGGGGAUCAAAGUGGUUUACAUCUCCAACCCAAUGAAGGUGAGGACGAGUGCCUCAGAAUUCAGGGCUCUGGUUCAAGAGCUCACUGGCCAAGACUCUGAGCUCCCGGACCCAGCCAAGUUUUUGGAGCACUCAUCUGCAGAAGACAACAAUUCGACGGCCCAGAUUGGUGGACAUCAUCAUCUUCUUCGUCAUCAUGAUGCAUUGGAUCUAGUGGUGGCUGAUGCUGCUUCUCCUCCUGCUCAAGAGCAGCCUGCUGAGAGUUCAAGCUCAAAUGUGAACACCCAAUAUCCUGAUGAUGAGCUUUAUGAUGAUCUUUUUGUGCCUGAAAUGAUGGAUAGCUUUGGGGGGUUUUUGCCCUCCAGUGUCUUGUAUGGAUCCUCUUAA